AUGGACCGCCUCUCGAGCCAAAUCUCCACUACCUUACCGGAUGCCGAGCUUCGACCUCGACCGUCGAACAGGCCAUCGUCUAUUGUGGGCAUGGUCGACUUCCACCGUUCCACCGGAAACACACGCGCGCUGCACCUAAUUACACGAUCACCUCAAUGCACGAUACGCCCAGGCACGCCAGAGGCUCUCGCAGAAGACGAAGCACAAGCGCCGCGGCGGCGGCGGCGACGGCGGCGGCAGGAACAGGAACGCGCUCUGGAGUUUGAACAGACGUUCCCACUCGUGCCAAUCAAGCGCCACUCCCACUCCAGUCGCCUGCGUCUCUACUUUGUAUUCCAAACAUUCGAUUACCAAACACAGGCCCAGCUGGCAAAACAGCCUGCGUCAGCACGGUGCCGCACGUCCCAGAGCAUAUCGCUUUCGUCCGAUACAUGGCACAUGCCGUUUGGAAACACUCGGAUGGCAAAGACAGACAGUGACAGAACAGACCGACACUUGCACGCAUCCACGCACUCGAUCCAUACCUCACUUUCCGCUGUCUUGGGCCCUUUGCUCAGCUACGCUGAGAUUCAGAUGCCUCUUCCACAUGCACCUUAA